GGUACAUGAAGCAAGAUCGCCCUCUCAGUGAAAGGCAGAUGUCCCUUUAAGGUUUGCUUGGCCGUUGCCUGUGUGGACUUUAGCCUAAACACGGUCCCGCGAAGUUGGCUUUAUUUGUCCAUGUCUCAGAUCGAGCCUGGGACUCUGCCAGGGAGAUUUCAGAGACCCAGCGCGCGAAGGGGCGGGAGAUGUGGCAAUCGGUCUGGGAUGUGAAAAGCGUGGAGCGAGCUUAGAGGCAAAACACAGGAAAUCACUCCUCCGCGGCUCUUGGGCGCUGCAGCCUCUGGGGCCACUGCUGGACACCCGCGGAGACCGCCCGAGUGACCCAGAGCGCAAGGCACCGGCGCCCAGCUCCUGCCAGCUCCUGCCAGCUCCUGCCCAGGAACCCGCAAGUCAAGAGAGCUUGCAGCCACUCCAGCCAUGGUCCCCCGGCGCCCUGCCAGCCUAGAGGUCACUGUAGCCUGCUGCUGGCUCCUCACUGUUAUUCUAGGCUUCUGCAUAUCCUUCAACGUUGAUGUGAAAAAUUCAAUGAGUUUCAGCGGCCCAGUGGAGGACAUGUUUGGAUACACUGUUCAACAAUAUGAAAAUGAAGAAGGAAAAUGGGUUCUUAUUGGUUCUCCUUUAGUUGGCCAACCCAAAGCAAGAACUGGAGAUGUCUAUAAGUGCCCAGUUGGGAGAGAAAGAUCAAUGCCCUGCGUGAAGUUGGAUUUGCCAGUGGACACGUCAAUUCCCAAUGUCACAGAAAUCAAAGAAAAUAUGACCUUUGGAUCCACUUUAGUUACCAACCCAAACGGAGGAUUUCUGGCAUGUGGGCCUUUGUAUGCCUACAGAUGUGGACAUGUGCAUUAUACGACUGGGAUUUGUUCUUACGUCAGCCCUGCAUUUCAAGUUGUGAACUCCUUUGCCCCUGUACGAGAAUGCGGCACUCAGCUAGACAUAGUCAUUGUCCUGGAUGGCUCCAACAGCAUCUAUCCCUGGCAAAGUGUCACUGCUUUUUUAAAUGACCUUCUUCAGAGGAUGGAUAUUGGCCCUAAACAGACACAGGUUGGAAUUGUACAGUAUGGAGAAAAUGUAACCCAUGAGUUCAACCUCAAUGAGUAUUCAUCGACAGAAGAGGUCCUUGUUGCAGCAAACAAAAUACACCAGAGAGGCGGUUUCCAAACAAUGACAGCCCUUGGAAUAGACACAGCCAGGAAAGAGGCAUUCACUGAAGCUCGGGGUGCCAGAAGGGGAGUUAAAAAGGUCAUGGUCAUAGUGACUGAUGGAGCGUCACAUGAUAACUAUCGCCUAAAACAGAUCAUCAAAGACUGUGAGGAUGAAAACAUUCAGCGAUUUUCCAUAGCUAUCCUUGGCCACUAUAACCGAGGGAACUUAAGCACUGGAAAAUUUGUGGAGGAAAUAAAAUCAAUCGCAAGCGAGCCCACUGAAAAGCACUUCUUCAAUGUCUCAGAUGAGUUGGCCCUGGUCACUAUUGUUAAGGCUCUAGGAGAAAGAAUAUUUGCCUUGGAAGCUACAGCCGACCAAUCCGCAGCAUCCUUUGAGAUGGAAAUGUCUCAGACCGGUUUCAGUGCUCAUUUUUCACAGGACUGGGUCAUGCUUGGAGCAGUGGGGGCCUAUGACUGGAACGGAACUGUCGUCAUGCAGAAGGCUAACCAGAUUGUCAUCCCUCAGAACACCACCUUUCAACCUGAGCCCGCCAAAAUGAAUGAACCUCUUGCUUCUUAUUUAGGUUACACAGUGAACUCUGCCACUGUCCCUGGAGAUGUCCUCUAUGUCGCUGGACAGCCUCGAUACAAUCAUACAGGCCAGGUCGUCAUCUACAAGAUGGAGGAUGGGAACAUCAAAAUUCUCCAGACACUUGGUGGAGAGCAGAUCGGUUCCUACUUUGGUAGUGUCUUGACAACAGUUGACAUUGACAAAGAUUCUUAUACCGACCUGCUUCUUGUCGGGGCCCCCAUGUACAUGGGGACAGAGAAAGAGGAGCAGGGCAAAGUCUAUGUGUAUGCUGUGAACAAGACAAGGUUUGAAUAUCAAAUGAGCCUGGAACCAAUUAAGCAGACGUGCUGUUCAUCUCUGAAGGAUAAUUCAUGCACAAAAGAAAACAAGAAUGAGCCCUGUGGAGCCCGAUUUGGAACAGCAAUUGCUGCUGUAAAAGACCUCAACCUGGAUGGAUUUAAUGACAUCGUGAUCGGAGCUCCACUGGAGGAUGACCAUGCGGGAGCUGUCUACAUUUAUCACGGCAGUGAUAAGACCAUAAGGAAGAAGUACGCACAACGUAUUCCAUCAGGUGGGGAUGGCAAGACACUGAAAUUUUUUGGCCAGUCUAUCCAUGGGGAGAUGGAUUUAAAUGGUGACGGUCUGACUGAUGUGACCAUUGGAGGUCUCGGUGGAGCUGCCCUCUUCUGGGCCAGAGAUGUGGCUGUAGUUAAAGUGACCAUGAGUUUUGAACCCAAUAAAGUGAAUAUUCAAAAGAAAAACUGCCAUGUGGAGGGAAAAGAAACAGUAUGCAUAAAUGCUACAAUAUGUUUUUAUGUGAAAUUAAAGUCUAAAGAAGACUCAGUUUACGAAGCUGAUUUGCAGUAUCGUAUCACCCUUGACUCACUGAGACAGAUAUCGCGGAGUUUUUUCUCUGGAACUCAGGAAAGAAAGGUUCAAAGAAACAUCACAGUUCGAGAAUCAGAAUGCACUAGGCAUUCCUUCUACAUGUUGGACAAGCAUGACUUCCAGGACUCCGUGAGAGUGACUUUGGAUUUUAAUCUUACGGAUCCAGAAAGUGGGCCUGUGCUUGAUGAUGCCCUGCCAAACUCAGUCCACGAACAUAUUCCCUUUGCCAAAGACUGUGGAAACAAGGAAAAAUGCAUCUCUGACCUCACCCUGGACGUGUCCACCACAGAAAGGAGCCUGCUGAUUGUCAGGUCCCAGAAUGACAAGUUCAAUCUCAGCCUCACAGUGAGAAACAAAAGAGACAGUGCCUACAAUACCAGGACAAUAGUGCAGUAUUCUCCAAAUCUGAUUUUUUCAGGAAUUGAGGGGAUUCAAAAAGAUAGUUGUGAAGCCAAUCAAAAUAUCACAUGUAGAGUUGGAUAUCCUUUCCUGAGGACAGGAGAAAUGGUAACCUUCAAAGUAAUAUUCCAGUUUAAUACAUCACAUCUCACAGAAAAUGCAAUCAUUCAUUUAAGUGCAACAAGUGACAGCGAAGAACCACCUGAAUCUCUUUAUGAUAAUGAAGUAAAUAUUUCCAUCCCAGUAAAAUAUGAAGUUGGAUUACAGUUUUACAGUUCUGCAAGUGAACACCACAUCUCAGUUGCGGCCAAUGAGACUAUCCCUGAACUUAUCAACUCCACAGGUGACAUUGGAAAUGAAAUUAAUGUCUUCUACAUGAUCAGAAAAAGGGGCCAUUUCCCAAUGCCAGAACUUCAGCUGUCAAUCUCAUACCCCAACUUGACAUCAGAUGGUUAUCCUGUACUAUACCUGACUGGAUGGUCAUCUUCUGACCAUGUGAACUGCAAACCCCGGAGCCUUGAGGAUCCUUUUGGUAUCAACUCUGGGAAGAAAAUGACAAUAUCCAAGUCUGAGGAUCUCAAAAGAGGCACAAUUCAGGAUUGCAGUACCUGUAAACUAGCCACCAUCACGUGCAAUCUCAUGCCUUCCGACGUGAGUCAAGUGAACGUUUCACUCAUCCUGUGGAAACCAACCUUCAUAAAAACACAUUUUUCCAGCUUCAAUCUUACCAUAAGGGGAGAACUUCAGAGUGAAAACGCAACGUUGACUUUAAGUAGCAGCAACCGGAAACGAGAGCUGGCUAUUCAAAUAUCCAAAGACGGACUCCCAGGCAGAGUGCCACUGUGGGUCAUCCUCCUGAGUGCCUUCGCUGGGCUACUGCUGCUGAUGCUGCUGAUAUUAGCUCUGUGGAAGAUUGGAUUCUUCAAAAGGCCAUUAAAGACAAAAAUGGAGAAAUGAAAUAUUUUACAGGAGGAAAAAGAACUGUAACAAUUAUUCAAUGAUCCAUCCUCAGGUUUGCCUCAAUCAUGUGAGAAGAAAUUCAGAAAUAUAACCAAAGACACGGACACAUAACUAUAUGUAAUCCAUCAUGCAGCUGGGAUUACUCACUUGGAAAGUGACAGAUCAAGCAUGAUCCAAAAAGGGUACCCAAAGAUAUGGUUUAGAAAGUGAUGAGAAAUACUUUUAAUAAUUGCUCAUUUUUGUUGAGUAAGUGAAAUGAUAAAAUGUUUUAAAGAAGAAUCCCCACUAUAAGUAUGUUUAUGUGUUUAGAUGCUAUGCAGAGUAUUUAAGGGAUGCACACAAAGAGCUUUGGGUUCAUUGAGACAGUUACUGGCAGCACGAUGUAAAUUAAGCUUUCCUCCUUGAUUAUACCCUCAGAGUGACACUCAGCAUCUGUAAAUGCCAACAAAGGAAUGGGGUGGAAAAGAUCUCCCAAUUGUGACAAGAAAAGCUUUGCCUAGCAGAGUCCAUGGAAAAUAUAGACUGAAAAUAGAGUUAAAUCACAGAACUAACACUCAUUGACUUCUUGGGUUCUGUAGUUGGAAAUAGUGUUUUCCAAUGUGAUUGGAAAAGAGUAUCAUUGGGCUUAAAUUCUAGAUAGAAUAGACAGUCAAGAUAGUUAUUUAAAAGCAAGGGCACUGCAUCUGUUCAUUGGAACUUCUAGAAAAAGUAAAAGUGCUCUAAUUUAUAUAAAGCUCUAAAACACAA